AUGCCGUCCCUGAGAGAAACACUCAAGAAAAGAAUCAUCAAUGAUAUGCUCAGAGCUGUUAAUCCACCUUCCAGAUGGAAGAUUCUAGUAGUCGAUGCUUAUGCAUUGCGUCUACUCAACUCUUGCUGCAAGAUGCCUGAUGUGCUCUCAGAAAACAUUUCUGUGGUCGAAGGCCUUUCCAAUAAGCGACAGGCUCAUCCUGACAAAGAAGCCAUUUAUUUUAUAUCCCCUACUUUGGACAGUGUUCGUGCGGUCAUUGAUGAUUAUUCUAAAACUCGUCCUCCAUAUGCUGCUGCCCAUGUUUUUACAACUUCUGCUUUAUCCGAUCAAUUGUUUGAACGUAUUCAACACUCUCCUGCAAUCAACCAUCUUCGUACUUGCAAGGAACUCAAUAUCGACUUCUUUGCGCCAGAUUCACAGAGCUUUAUAUUUGACUAUCCGGAUUCGUGGUAUACCUUGUUCAAUCCACAUGCACCAUCAUUGUUGAAAUACGAACUGGAUCAUAUUGCCAAACGAAUUGUAUCCGUACUCGCCACUCUCGGUGAAUAUCCAUACAUUCGCUAUCACACUAGACCUGUGCCUUUCUCUACUGCCCCACAAAAGUCUUUAUCACAGGAUCUUGCCGUACAAGUUCAAGAGGAACUGGAUAAACUGUGUCGUCACGACCCGUCUUUCCCGCCUCAGUCAACCUUCAAACGUCCUGUUUUGAUCAUUACUGAUCGAUCCAUUGACAUGAUUUCACCUCUUUUACACGAGUUUUCAUAUCAAGCUGUUGUGGGCGAUCUUAUCGGUCUUGAAACUGGAAAAUACAAAGAUCGACGUGAUGGCAGUGAAACCAUUGUAGAUGAAUCUGACCCAAUUUGGGCUGAAGUUCGUACAUGGCAUAUUGCUGAAGUGCUUAGUUACCUCCCUGAACUAUUCAAACGAUUUACUUCUGAAAAUAAGGCUGCAAAAUGGGAGUUGGAAAAGGGUGGCGGCGAGAAUUCUGACAAGAUUCAAGAUCUCAAGGACGCCAUGGGCUCACUUGGUGUUUAUCAAGACAUGAAGGCCAAAUAUGCGCUACAUACAUUCAUGUGCGAAGAUGUUAUGAACCGUUAUAAGGAACGGAUGUUGGAAAAGAUUUCUGAAGUAGAACAAAACUUGGUCAUGGCUGAUCCUACUGAUGCAUCCAAAACUCGACUACUACUUUCUGACGUAUUUCGUAUUUUGGAAGACUCUUCUAUUCAGCAUUUGGAUAAGAUUCGAUUGAUCAUGUUGGCUAUUAUCUCUCAGGGAGGUGUGCAAGAUUCCGACAGACAGCGAUUUUUAGAACGCGGAGCUUUGACUGUCGAAGAGUCGCAGGCGCUCACCAAUCUGUCUUUGCUGAGUGUGCGUUUGAGUCCAAGUUUGGAUAAGAAAAAAGUCGAAUCCAAGAACCCGUAUGUAUAUGCCGAAACUGUCAAGCGUAGCAAAGAUAAAGUAUUCAAGUUUGAAAACAGUCGAUAUACCCCCAUGCUGAAAUAUAUUGCUGAAGACCAAUGCAAGAAUGCAGUUGAUCAGCAUGUAUUUCCCUGGAUCAAAGAUCCACCGGUUGGCGAAUAUGGCGACCGACCCAGUACCUGGUCUGAUCCAUCCUUUGAGAGCGCCAUUUCACCUACAUACCGCAAAAAGCCAUCAUGGGCUACUCGAAAAACAAGUGGUGGCUCGGUUACAAACAUCACUUCUGUAGCUGCUACAUCGGCUUCAUCCAAAGCCGAGGAGGAUUUUCGAGAAAAUGGACCCAGAGUGAUUCUUUUUGUUAUUGGUGGUAUCACCUACUCUGAAAUGCGAGCAGUAUUUGAAGCUAAAAAAGAUCUACGUCGAGAUAUUGUCAUAGGAUCAACACAUGUGUGGCAACCCGACGGGUUUGUUGAGGCUUUGAAGGAUCUGCAUCGAGGACAGGGUGCUGCUUCUCGGUUUAUGACGUUUCAUCGACCCCUUCCACCACCUCCUGCUGACCAGAGAUCUUCUAGAUCUCAAGGCGGACCGAAAGAGGCAUACAUGCGUGGAGAUUCUCGUGGUGGUAGUCCAAGAGGUGCAUCACCUCGAAAUGGAAGACCAUCCGAUCCAAGAGAUGAUCCUCGUUCUAGAAAAAAUCCUUCGCCUCGUUCUGACCCUCGUGCUGCACAAAACUAUGACCCACGAGGUGAUCCACGAGGUGACCCACGGAAUGACCCACGAGGUGAUCCUCGAGGUGACCCACGGAGCGGCUCACGAGGUGAUCCUCGGGGUGAUCCACGAAAUGACCCACGAAAUGGUUCACGAGGUGAUCCAAGGAAUGACCCACGAGGUGAUUCACGUAGCGGAUUUCGUGGCAAUAGUGCAGAAGGUUUGAAUUCUCGUUCACCUCCACAAGAUGAUUUUAGAUCACCGCCUCCUCAACAACAGCGAACUGCUCCAACAUGGAGUCGUACUGGCAGAGAUACUACUCCACAAGCACCACCUCCGCAACAGUAUACAGGAGAAAGAGGCAUGCCACAGCGAAAUGGUCAAUAUGAAUCCAGAUCAAUGGAUAAUAUUCCCGGUGGAUCAGGUCGUCCUGGUCGUUAUCCCAUAUCAUCAGACAACUCUAGACAAGGUAAUGGUAGUAUGUCGCAAGAUCGGCUAGAUGCACAAAUGGGCCGUAUGGGGAUCAGUGGUCAAAGUCGCUCCUCAAACAGCGCUUCAUCACGCGAUUCUCCUCAAACCAGUCGUGGACAAUAUGGACGUAGUACUGGUUCUAGUAGUCCAAAUAGUAGCCGAUCUCAAAGUCGCGGAUACUCUAAUGAUCCUAUUCCUUUGGGUGAUUCCUCACGCGACUCUGCAGGUGGAUCUCGUGAGGGUGUAUCAGAUAAACUUAAAUCAAAAAAAGGAUGGUUUGGAUUUAAAUAAAAUCGAGUAUUAUGUUUUUGUAUGAAUGAAAUC